CUGUGUCCCUCGGACACAGCGGAUCACUGAUCAAUGGAAAGAGCCGAAGAUGUCAGCUCGGUCAUGUGAUCAGCUGUGUCCAAUCACAGCUGAUCACAUCAGCUCCACCUCUCAGUGUCCAUCAAUGCCACAUAUCAGUGCCUACCAGUGCACAUCAAUUGCACAUAUCAGUGCCCAUCUGAGCUGCCUUUCAGUGCCACCUAUCAGUGCUGCCAAUCAGUGCCACCUAUCAGUGCCACCUAUCAAUGCCACUCAGUGCCACCUAUCAGCGCUGCCAAUCAGUGCCACCUAUCAGUGCCAGUCAGUG